GAUAAGAGUCCCUCGGACACUCUUGACUCUUGAUGAUUUGUCCCGCUAUCCACCUCGCAAUACAAAGAAGACACAGAACCCAUUGAAGAAAGACUGGCAGAGUGAAAAAUGGAGGUGGGUAUGUCUCUGAACGCGCUGGUUCGGCUUCCCUUAUCGAAUUCGAGGACAAACGGAGAUGGGUUGGUCAAGCAGUCACUCUUCUCCUCUGGGAGAACGACCCAGAAGCCUCAGCAGAAGCAGAAGCACAUAUUGGUGGUUCAAGCGAAGGGAAAGAAAGGAAUGCAAGCUCGUCAAUUUCAGAGGUCUCCACCUCCUUCCUUGCCCAAGAUUGAAGACGAUGGCAACCCCAAAUUUGUCAUCUUCAUCCGUAUGGCAAAUGUUUAUCUUUGGUAUCCACUUAGCCUGAUAACAGGUGGCACCACUGCCAAAAUCAUGCUUGCGGCCAAGGAUAACUUCCUAGGGAAAUAUAUCUACAAAGAUACACUUGCUAAAAAUCUUGCGUCAGUUAUUUACCGUGAUGAGAAGGAGAUACAGAAGACAGCAUUUAAGCAGUAUCGUAUAUUGCGAACAGCUACUGACUUCAGAUAUGGCUACAAACUGGUGGAAAAUGGCAAUGUGAGAGCUGCUCUUGCUACUGCAGAUGUUAUUGAGCUGCCGACUGAAGAUGAGAUCAAAACGGUGCUUGAUAAAGUGAAAGACUUCUUUGGGGAUGCAAAAGAAUCUUUUGGGAAGUUGACUGCUCUGAAUUCAACCACAACGGAGGAGUUGGAGGAAAAGCCAAAGGAGAAGGCCAAGUGAGUUUAAUGGGGUUAAAGGCUGAAGAUGAAGAAACCAUUGUCGACAUGAUAUCAGAGUGUUCAUUGGUUCUAUGAGAUGCACAAUCCUCUAAUGUUGAUAGGCUACUGCGAGGCGGUGUAACGAAAAUUUAAAGCACGGUUUUGUUUAUAUGAAUUUACAUCGAAUGGAAGAUUUUGUUUUUAAUUA